AAAAUCUCAUGAUGAGCGUGACGUCAUCGUUUUUGAAAAGCUCUGUUUUCAAAAUGUUUUCCGUCCACACUAAAAUACAAAGCUUCCAUGUAGCCUAUCAAACAGGGGGAAAAAACUUGCACACUUAAACUUGGCAGAAUUCUCAACUCAUGCAAAUUAAUCAAACCGCCACACCUUGUAAUAUAUUAUAUAAGAGAGAUAACCUGACAACGAAUCACAUCAAUCAAGGUUUAAUCCGACUAACUUGAUACAAAAGAUGAACGCAUUACAAAUACUAUUUCUCACACAAACAGGUGUUUAAUUUACUGAAAAGACACCACCCGUAUUUGGCGUAUUUCCCGAGUAUUUUCUCGCUUUUCACGUUUAUUUGUGGAAACAGUCAGUUUCUUUAUUUAGUAAAAAGAAAAUGACACGGUGGUUUUAAGAUAUCAAUUUCAUUUUCGAGUCGUAAAAACAGUAUUUUCUGAACGAGCGCCACAUGGGUAGCUACAGGUGUCAAUACAAGCGUCAGAUAUCUUGCUCGCUGCGCUCGUUCGUAAAAUAUUGUUUUUAUAACUCGAAAAUGAAAUUUAUAUCUUCGUGACUUCGGGUAAUAUCCUCUCUAUAUCACACCGGUCGGUAUAGUAUAAAUUACAUAGUCGUUACAGGAUAUGAGCGUGCGCACAAAGAAUGUUUAGCAAAUUAACAUAUUACCGAACGUUUUGAUAUCUUGUUUAUUCCUUGAGGUAAGCAUUUAAGACCCGAGACAACCGUUAAUACUUCAUCAUUCUUGACCGAGGUAGAGGUUCGAUUCCGAGGAGAAAAAAAAGAUAAAACAUGGGAGGAGUUCAGAUAAAAAACUGUACUGCCGUACCACUCAAGAUUCAGCUAUGUCAGGUUGGUGUUUUGUAUCACGGUCUCGUCCAACCUGGAGAGUUUUUCGCUAGGGAGACCGGUGCCGUGCAUUUCACAAUCCGUGCCACGGUUAGCGACAGAGACGACACAGACUGGAGAGACACAGUAUUGCCUGUUGUUGGAGUUGGCGUGGGUAGCCUUGCAGCCUUGGCCACGGCAGGUGCAGGUCUAGCUAUUGCUGGUGCUGGUAUUGCUGCCGCUGGUGCUGCUGCCGCUGGAGGUACCAUUGCUGUGGAGGGUCUUGUAACUGGAGCUGUGGCCAUUACACAAACUGGUAUUCUGACUACAGGAGGAGUAUUGAUCACAAAGGAACUUGCCCAAAAGUUUUUCCAGGGAGCCAAUCUGAGCCACGGUUACAUUAACUCUGCAGGAUGGUAUUUCGGUGGUAAAAACGAAUUAGAAAUACAUGGAGGUCCUCAAAUUCUCGCAGAUUCCGAAGGUUUUAAGUACAGUGGUUCUCCACUUUACAUUGUUGACAAGAACGAUGAAAGUCGACAUUCUUAACUUUAAAAUAUGGCACAUGUUACUAUUUACCCAAUUUAAAGACGAACAUAAAGUGCCAUUCAGUUUUAGUUGUGUGUAGAAAAAUGUGUGCAUAGUUUUUAGCACAAAUAAAAUUAGGAAGACUCGGCAAACAAACUUGGAGUUGAAGUAGCUGAUUUAGCAAGAACAUGUUAUGGCCUGUUUUCUAUUAAUUUAAUAUAGGUAUUCUAUAUUGUCGGAAUUAUUACUCUCCAAAUGUUGUUUGAACAAACAGGUGUCAAUUUUUUUGUAUGUGUUGACUUUGUUUGGAAGCUUGUAAUACUUUGUAUUGCUACAAUUAUUUUCAAAUUUUAGUCAAACAUUUGAGCGACUUGAAGGCAAAUUUGAGAACAUAUAUUUGUUAUGACACAAUUUCAGUUUGUUCAAAAAGCUUAUGUAGGAGUUUUAGUGUCAAGCAUUAAUUUCAGUCUGUUUUUGGUAGAUAAUUAUCCCUCAUUAACUAUGACUACAACACUAGCAGCGAGAGAAGUUAUUUCGAUGAAGGAUGACAGAGCCACCGAAAAUUCAGUUCAAAAAAACCUCAUAGCACUUAACACUGUGAUGUAAGUAAAAGAAAUAAGAGCAAAUGAUAAAAAUGAAAACUAGAAAGGCAGUGUGUAUCAACCAGUCAACAAGCAUUGACCGAUAUGUAUAUCACUUCAAUCAGUUCUAGACCAACUGUUAACUGCUACUGGUCUGUCAACUACACCUAGCAUGAAUCGCACACAAUCAAAAGGGUGAUUGCCAACAAAUCGACUUGACAUUGACUCACAUUCAAGUAAAAUAACCACCAAGUGUUCAAGUGAAAGAGAACUGACAUAUUUACCGACAUCUGCAGUGACGAUUGACAUAAAUUAUGGACCAAGUAACAACCAACAUAUCGACAAAGUGACAGUAGAUACCACCAAGUGAUGACUGACAUAUCAAUCGAGUGACAACAGACAUAUCAAUAGUCUGCGAGCAAACUGUCUUGGAGUAGAAGUCUUACUCCAAGUGAGUCUGCUCGCAGGCUAUCGUAUCAUCAACCAAGUGAUGAAUAACAUACUGGACAAGCGAGAACUGACAUAUCGACUAAGUGAUGACCUAACUGAUGACUGGCAUAUUGACUGGCCAUACUGCAUGGUUAAGUGGGGAACAUCAAGGCAGUAAAUUUUCUUCCCCUUACAUAUCGCUUUUCUCAACAUCACUAACACUUACAACUAUCCCCAUAGUCAAAAAUGUACUACACCCUAAAAUGUUCGCUAGAGGAAGUACCUUAUGUUUCUAAUAUUCACAUUCUUAGCCACUUGACUUAAGCCAUGGUGCUUUCCGAGGAUUUUCCUAUGCACUGUGGUUCUUUUUUUGAGUAAAUCCUCAUUGAGCACACUGGUGAUUCUUUUGUUGCAGUUACCCAAGGCAAG